AUGAUUGAAGAAAUGUUUGUUAGCGGUGCAGUUGAAAUGAAUCGACAAGUGGAAUCCAACGUUUUGUCCAUCGGUUUAGGAGCAGGUUAUAUGAACUCUUAUCUUCAUGGAAGGUAUCCAAAGAUGAACAUUACCGUGGUGGAAAUUGAACCGAAGAUGGUGCAGCUCGCACUCAAAUGGUUUGACCUAGUGCUGGAUGACUUACAUCGGGUGAUUACCAUGGAUGGUGCGAAAUUUCUCAAGCAGGCGGCAGAAGAAGGUGAGAGCUUUUGCACCAUCGCCUUCGAUCCAUUUACGGUUUUUUUAUAA